AUGAAGACUCUACUGAGCAUAGAAGAGACUGUAAAAAGAGGAAUUGCCUUACAAAGAGAGAAAGAGUCUGAGAACAACUGGAACAAGAUAGAUGUUGUAUUGGAGAGAGUAGGCGAAGUAAAAACCGAGGGAGAAGCAAGGGCUGCAAUAUCAAUAAUACCAUUAAUAGGGAUAGGUAUACAGAGCAACCGGAGUAAGUUAAGUGGGAGUGGGUGUAAAGCAAUGAGCAAUCUUUCUGAGAUAUUGGGUGAUGAGUUAAAGGACCAUCUACCACAUAUAUUUCCUUCUUUACUAAGUGCUCUUGCAAAGACAAAUAAGGUGAUAUUUAUGCGGGCCGUGUCCACUGCUGGGACAAUUGCACAGAAGUGUGCACUGAAGAGUAUAGCGAAGCACAUACGUUUAAACAUAACCAGCAACAGCAAAACAGUCAGGCAGGGGCUUCUUGAAAUGGCAAUACGCGGGAUAGAAAAAGAAAGAAUGAAGGAGCUAGUGGAAGUUCUAGAGCUUUUAGUGGAGGAUAUUAACCCAGAGAUUCGAGCACGUGCAAAAGAAGGGGUUUCCAUGAUAUCAGAAAUGGAUAGAAAGGCUUUGGCAGAGCUGACCAGCAGUGCUCCAGAGAAGAGCAAGCAGGCACCUCAGAAGAAAGAAGAAGUGGUAACCACUGAAGAAAAAAUGCCUGCAAGUGUGCUGUCUACUGUGGAGCUAUCCCCCAAGCCUAGCGUGGUUAUGCUUAAGCCAUCUGGUGCAAAUGUAGUUGUUCGCGGGCCUAUCAGAUCCUUUGCAAGCACAAUAUGCCCAUCUGGCCAUGUGAAACCCCCUCUAAAGCCAGGAUAUUCACUUGAAAGAAUUGGACAGAGGCUGGAGAUGCAUAAGAAAGAGGUAGAAGAAGGCCUGAAAAAAGAGUGGACCCCAAAGAAAACACCUAUUAUAAAGAAAAGGCAGGGAGCUUCUGCGGGCACCCCAAUUAGCAUUAAAAAAGUGUCUGUGGAUAUGAUCAGUAAGAUAGAUGAGGAGAACAACGAUUUGUCUAAUUUAUCAGAAGAUAUAGGUAAUCUAUCAAUAAAUAAGACAGAGGAUACAGAAGACCAUAUUGUAGAGAACAAAGACAUGCACGACAGCAUAUUUAGCAGCAGAGAGAUUAAAGGAACAAAGGAAUUUAUAGAAUCCUGUGGUAUUGCAAAUGAGACUAUGAGUGAUGGAGACUAUUCUAUCUUAGCUCCUGAUGUGUUUGUGAAGAGAACCACCACCAAAAAACUAUAACUGUCCCAGA